UGUUGAUUCAAGAAACUAUCUUUUGAAGGAUGCAAUAAUGAAGUGUGUCCGUCAUCCAAAUGUGGUUCUCUUCAUGGGUACAGUCACUAAACGUCCACAUCUAUCCAUAGUGACCGAAUAUCUACCUAGGGGAAGUCUAUAUCGCUUAAUACACCGACCAGCUAAUGGGGAAAUGAUGGAUCAAAGGAGGCGCUUACGAAUGGCUUUGGAUGUGGUUUGUCCUGACGUCAAACAUUGUCUCUUUUCUCGAUGCAUGCAUUUUUUUUAUGAUACACAUAUGAAAAGCAGGUCAAGGGUAUCAACUAUCUUCAUUGCCUUAGCCCCCUGUGGUUCACUGGGAUCUUAAAUCUCCUAAUCUCUUGGUUGACAAGAAUUGGACUGUGAAGCUUGAGUGAAUUGCCCCUGAAUUUCUUCGUUGGGUACCAUCAAAUGAGAAGUCAGAUGUGUACAGUUUUGGUGUCAUUUUGUGGGAGCUUAUUACCCUUGAACAGCCUUGGUCUGGACUCUGCCCCUCUCAAGUGGUUGGAGCUGUUGCUUUCCAAAACAGAAGGCUUUCUAUGCCAGAGAACAUUUCUCCAUUAAUGGCAUCUCUUAUUGAAGCUUGUUGGGAUGAGUAAGCUCUCAACUUCCAUUUUGUCAACUGUAUUUCUUGCACCAUUGCCUCAUGCUGAGAAUCAAGAACCCUACAUGUUUGUCUAUGAGAAAGCCUGGGGCAACCCCCACCUGAGUUAGUCGGGCAGCGUAGGCAUGGCAACCAUUUGGUUCCAAGUUUUAUCCCCGGUUUCUUGGUUUGGGACCAUCGGCUAUAAAUUAUGUUAGGCUGACUUAUCUCCUUAUUGUCCUUCUCCUGCUAGGGUCACCAGUUGGAUACAGUGAUCCCUCCAAACGCCCGACCUUUGGUAGUAUUGUGGAAACACUGAAGAAGCUACUGAAGUCUCCCCAAAAUUUGAUUCAGAUGGGAGGGAAGUAAAGAUUCCCAGCUGUUAAUGCAGCUUUUGAAGAAUUUUAACUAUGAUACUUAUAGAGAGAAGUGUGCAAAACACCCGAAAAGGAACACUAUGAAGUCAUAAAGUACAAAUAUUUGUUUUCUAAGUCAUCGAGGAGAUACCACCACGAGAACAUAACCGGGUUAUGGCUGAAACUUGCAUAUCACACACACAAAAAGUGCAAGGGCAUUUGUAUUGUAAUUCUUGCCGAGGAGCAUCAACUGGUUGGGUCUUUGACAUACGUAGUACAAAUUUGUUGUUAUCAAGAAUGUUUCUGAGCGUCACCUGGGAACUUCAUUAUACCAAUUUAUACCAAGUUUCAGACAUAUUUUAUGAGUCCGUAGUUAAGAACAUUCCAAACAUAGUUUAGUUGUCGUCAUCUCUUGUCUCUCGCGUACUUUUCUGUGUUCAUACGUACUGAGAAGCAAUGAGAGUUGAUGAAUAGAAUAAGUGAAUCUUGAAUCAGUGAAGCCAUGUUCCCGCUUUGUCCCGGAUAAAU